AUGUCGGCUCUAAUUUCUAUGAAAAUGUCCGCCUCAUGGGAUGCUGAAAAAUCAGGGUCAAAUGCAGUGCCAAGGUUGUGCAGCCUCAGUUUAGCACAGAUUAUUUUGGAUCGACCACUGGAACCUGACAGUCCGAACGCGAACUUCUUCGUCGCAGUCCGAAUGCGUGGCUCUGGACGGCGAGUUCUACGUUCCCCGGAGAUUACCGUGGCUCCUCCAAAAGCGGCUAGUCCUGUAAACGGACUGGCAACUCCCGGAUUCGUGUAUUCCAUGUCCGAUUCCAGUGCUUUACCCUCCAGCGGAGCGUCUGCUGGUGCUGCGGGUUCUGUUUUGAUUGAUUUCAACUGCAGUAUUCAGUAUUCCCACCUGUUGAAUCGGGAUGCAAACGUGCUACAAAUAUUGCUACAGCGGCGAAAGAAAUACAAGAACAAGACCAUGAAUUUCGGAUACAAGACGCUUGCCUAUUGUAACGUCAAUCUCGCCCAAGUUCUUCAACGGCGCAUCGAAAACCGCUACUUAGAACUCUACACGGAUCCAAAUUGCAUUACUCAGUCCAUUGGUCGCGUUGAAGUGCAAUCCCUAUCCACUGUGCCGAUUGAAAAGGACCUGCUGAACGGUAAACGCAAGGCACUGGAUGAAGAUGAAGAGUAUCCGUUGCCGGAUACCUACAGUGAAGAUUCCGACCAUGGCGAGGAGAGCGAUGAUGACCCCAUCGCCGAGAACGAUGAGAGUGGCCAUAAUCGGCAGAAAAAGCUCGUCAAGGCCAUGUCAAUGGGACAAAAACAAAUCAAACAGAAACUAAUCGGCCUUUUGAAGAAAUUGAAAAUGGGCGACCCGAACGAAGAGGAUCUCGAUGUUGGCGAGAACUCUAAGUUAUGGGAUGAAUUUGACUUGAUUGGCACAGUGAGCGACAUCGAAGAGGAGGAUUCGGACGUCGAUGGCGUAGACACUGUGUCUAUCCGAAGCACACCGAAGCCAACGCUGCGCCCGUUUUUUGCCACUGCCGGAGGUGGUGGUUCGGACGAAACUCUAAGCGCGGAUGUGGGUACUAAGCUGCUAAAACGUCUUCAGAGACAACUAUUUACUCAAUCCGAAGCUGACACUCCUCCAGACACGUGUCUAAACACGGUUUUAUCGCCCGCUGCCGGUGUAGCUCAGAGACCGAUUGAAACGGCCCCCACCAAGAAAACUUUACCAAUUGGAGGAAGCACUCAAACUGCAUCGUUUCCUCUUGCUACGGAUGUACGAGACGGUCGAUCAAGUUUACGACAUCAUCGUGGGUCCAACCUAUCUGGCGGUCGCUUGGCUAAGCGAUUCGCUCACAUGGGUCGUCGUUCGAAUGUGUCCAGAGCGGAGAAACAAGCUACCGUGAGCGCCACUGACGCAUUCAAAUUAUCCGAAUGCCCAACUGAACAAAAGUCACUUACCAUUACUGGUGCUUUCGCUGUGCAAGAUCCAGGACCCUCGGACAGACAAGGUAGCCCUUCGGGUAAUUUAAGUCACCAAGAGUCUUCCGACGACUCAGUUCCUGCCAGGGGCCAUCAUAGAUUGAAGUAUCAUGGCAACACCGAAAUAACUUCAUCCGCCUUAGGCGAUGAAGUGCUUGCGGCCAGUGUUGCGGCAUCUUCCACUAGGCGUCAGUUUCCAGGCGAACCCUCCACUCCGGACACGCACUACACUGGAACAACGCCGACCGUACCCUCGGAUCUAUUGACCACUGACGAACUCAGUGCAAUCGGGCAUCCCGCAGAAAAAUUCUCCACCUGCUCUAUCGACUACUUGGGGAAUGUCCUUUUUCUGGUUAAUCCUUUGGAACCGGGUGGUAAGCUUGCAGCUGAAGCUUUCAGUGGUCGCGACCUUCAGCUCCAUCUGGUCACUUCAUACGGUGAGAUGAAGCAGCUAUUUGCUCGUCUUGUCACAAAAUCUCAAAGUCAGACUCGACGGGCAUCGGAUUGCGAUGUGAUCAAGUUGUGCGUCCUCGGCGGCGACAUGCUGGUCAGUUUCGCCCUCAGAGCUUAUGUGGAUCAGCUUAGCUCACGGUCACCCGAAUUGGCCGCUGCCUUUCGGUUCUAUAUUGUACCCAUCACUGGCUUGAUCAAUGCAAAGCCCCCCUCGUUGUCGCACAUACCUUCCGUAGAUCAGACGAAUAUUUCCCAGCAUGAAACACGGACAGCGAUGAAACAAAACCACGGCACCACCCCCACUGCGAUGCGUCACGAAUUCCCCACCUCAGAUCAGUCGACAGACAGUGAUCAUCACAAUGCUGUCACAACGUUCAAAGCCACGUCGUCACCAGUCUGUACACACAACGCAGUCGCGUCCCAUUUGUGCAAAAUCGAUCCGGCUUAUGCCACCCUCUUCUCCGAUUUGUGUGCUUCCUGGAGUCCUGGAGCUGUUGAUAGUUCACCUACUGCUACCACCACUACAUCGGAGAACCUCACCACUUGGAACUCCCACUCAUCUGCUAUCGGAUUAUUCGAACGGACCGUGGUGUAUUUGCAUAAAAGUCGUAGCGUGCUUCCCAUGCCGAUCGGAUCAUGCCUUUUGGGCAUUGCGUCCAGUUUUUCAUCGGGGGCUAAGUCGCAGAAAUCCGCAGAGCAACCUGCAUCACAGCUCACAUACACCGCGGUCAGUGGACACUUGGACUCAAUCGUCGCCCCUUCCACCGCUGAUGGGGUAACGAAAUUCUCCUCUGCGGCGCUCAACGAAGAAAUGCUCAUGCCGUUUCUCAUCAGUGUCUCCUUGGGCUCCGAUCCCCUGCCCCCACGCACCUCACAAAUGUCGCGGCCUGGCACAGGCGGCGACCCACAAACCUUCUCAAGCCCGCAUCCAAUCAAUGCUUCAGAUUUAGGUUCGGUUGUGAGCGAUCCGGAGGGCUCAUUCGCGGCUACAGGCACUACCUCCGCCGCCACCACCACUACCAAACGGAGUCAAAGUCCGGAGGCCACUACCACGGUCGCUCCUUCACAUUCCCAUUUUCGCCAUGGCAGAUUUCGCAGAGCUCAUUCGACCACUUCAUCCAGUGUGAACAUGUCUCUCGGCUCCCGAUUUUGGGAUUUACAGCUCGAAUACUGGGUUGUUCCUGCUGCUGCUGCUCCUCUUCUGUAG